AUGACAACUGUCGGAUAUGGUGACUUUGUUCCCAGAACCGCCGGCGGUUACAUCAUCGUGAGCAUUCUCACCUUGGUCAGCGCAUUGUUUGUCGCGAUGCCGGUAGGGAUUAUCGGCCAUGAGUUCACGCUUUGCUGGCAAGGGCGUGAUCAAGUGCUGUGUAUUACGCGAGCGCGGAGAGCCUUGCUGAAAUGGGGCUAUACUGCUCAAGACGUGAGAGCACUCUUUGAGUACGUUGAUGCAGACCGCGACGCGUGCCUGGACAUGGCGGAGUUCCUUGAGUUGUUUCGUCAAAUGCGUAUUGGCUUGAGCCUAGAAACCACACUCCAGCUAUUCUGCGUGUUUGACGAUGACCAAAGCGGCCAGAUUGACUAUACAGAGUUUAUGCGGCAUGUCUUCCCGCAAGAUACAGCAGAGGCGGAUAUGGCGCGCCGGGUGAGGAAGAUCCGCAAGUCCAGCCAGAAGGUCACUGAUGCCUUAGCAGCGCUGGAAAACUCCAGAGGUGUGGGAAGAUCAAAUGGGGCCUUGUCCCCAGCCAGUGACGGUGAUAGUUAG